UCAAACGAAGCAACUCUUCCGUAUGUUCCGGUUGCAACCCGGAAACGUCACCAUCCUUCAGGGCUUCAUCCGCUGUGACUUCUUCCCUUGAGGCCAAUUCAAUACAUCACUCCCCACGAGAGAGUUGGUUUCUUCCCCUCAGUCUUCUGCUCCCCCCCUCGUGGCAGGCCUUGGUUGGUUCCGUCCAUAACACCACCACCCCCCACUUUUCCCUCUGAGGGCGUCUCGGAGCAAGAGGGUCUUUCCUGUCGUCGGAGUGGGCGGGAGUCCGCCAUGGCCACGACUUCCCCGGAGGCUCCCGGGACGGGGUUGCAGGGCUUGUUGCUUCAGUUGCACGGCGCCCUGCAAAGCGGCGACCCUGGCAGCGCAGCCCUCCAGAGCCACAGUGUGGUCCGUUCUUGGGCGGAGAGGUGCCUGACGAGUAGCGGAGACGGCGUCCUGGCCCUACAGACCUCGCUGGUGUUUUCUAAAGAAGAUGGGUUACUUGCCUUCAUCCAUAAGUCACUGAACAUUGAAGAGUUCCGAGACUGCAGAGAAGAGGCAUUAAAAUUUCUUUGUGCCUUUUUGGAAAAGAUUGGACAAAAAGUUCACCCUUAUGCACAAGAUAUAAAGCGGGUGUGUUUUAGUGUUUAUGUGAAAGACAAAGCAGCAAAAUGCAGGAUCCCAGCCCUAGAACUACUGAUCAAGCUUCUUCAGAAUUUACGAUAUUCGUAUGUGAUGGAAGAUAUGAAAGUUGGAGAAAUCUUUAAUAAAUUCUAUGGUGAACUUGCAGUGAAAAGUAAAGUGUCUGAUACAGUGUUGGAAAGGAUUUAUGAGCUCCUGGGAGUUUUGGGAGAAGUCCAGCCUAGUGAUAUGCUUGGCAACUCUGAAAAACUAUUCCGAGCUUAUCUGGGAGAACUCAAAACACAGAUGACCUCUGCAACAAGAGAACCUAAGUUCCCAAUAGUAGCCGGGUGUCUGAAAGGACUGACUGCCCUAAUGUAUAAUUUUACUAAAUCCAUGGAGGAAGAUCCACAAACCUCAAAAGAGAUAUUUGAUUUUGCAGUGAAGUCAAUAAGUCCACAGGUGGACUUAAAGCGAUAUGCAGUGCCUCUUGCUGGUCUACAUUUGUUUAGUAAACAUGCUGUUCAAUUCAGUACUUCCCUUCUGGAAAACUAUGCUUUAUUAUUUGAAGUAAUGUGUAAAUGGUGUGGCCACCAGAAUGUAGAAAUGAAGAAAGCUGCCCAUUCAGCUCUGGAUGCAUUUCUUAAACAGAUCUCUGAAAUGAUUGCAAAGGAUGUAAAAAUGCAUGAGAGCAAGCUGCGUUACUUUAUGGAACAGUUUUAUGAAAUCAUUAGAAAGAUGGAUGCUAGCAAUAAAGAAUUAUCCAUUGCUAUUCGAGGAUAUGGCCUUUUUGCAGCACCAUGUAAAGCAAUCAGUUCAAAGGAUGUCGACUUUAUGUAUGUUGAACUCCUUCAGCGCUGUAAGCAAAUGUAUCUCACUGAGGCAGAAACAGUUGAUGACCACGUGUAUCAGCUUCCAAGUUUCCUUCAGUCAAUUGCAAGUGUUAUCUUCUACUUGGACUCCAUUCCUGAAGUAUACACUCCGGUUCUUGAACGUCUGGUUGUAGCACAAAUAGACAGUUUUCCACAGUACAGUGUAAAAAUGCAAUCUACAUGCUGCAAAUCCAUUGUAAAGGUCUUUCUAGCCCUGGCAGGAAAAGGUCCUGUAUUGUGGAGUUUUAUGAGCACUGUGGUGCAUCAAGGUUUAAUCAGAGUAUGUUCUAAGCCAAUUGCCUUUUCAAAGGAAUAUUCAGUGAAAGAUGUUUCUAGUCCAGUAGAACCUCCUACAGCAGGAGAGGUCAGGGUUGGGAAAUGGAAAGUUCCUACGUAUAAGGAUUAUCUGGAUCUUUUUACAAGUUUACUGGAUUGUGACACAAUGAAGGACUCUUUGUUAGCAGAUGAAACCUUCCCGGUUGCAAAUUCACCAUUACAAUCCUUAAAUCGCUUGUUAUAUGAUGAGCUCAUAAAGUCCGUCCUCAAAAUAAUUGAAAAAUUGGAUCUUACAGUUCAGAAACAGAAUAUUUGUGAAGAGAAGGAUGCAAAUGAAGCUGAUGUUGAUCUCACAAUCCCUGCUUCUGAUCCAGUGGCAAACCUCCAGCCAAUCAAGCCUCAAGACUUCACAGCUUUCAUUAACCUAGUAGAAUUUUGCAAAGAGAUCCUCCCAGAAAAGCAUGUUGAAUAUUUUGAACCAUGGAUUUAUUCAUUUAGCUAUGAGCUGAUUAUACAAUCAACACGUUUACCUCUUAUUAGUGGGUUUUACAAGCUGUUGUCCAUUGCCAUGAACAUUGCUAAGAAAACAAAAUAUUUUAAGGAUGUUGGUUCAAAGAGUAAGAGAAAGUGUCCUGAGGACCCAGAGAAGCAUUCCUGUUUUGCCCUGUUUGCCAAAUUUGGAAAAGAGGUCACAGCAAAAAUGAAGCAAUACAAAGACGAGCUGUUGGCAUCUUGUCUGACUUUUGUGCUCUCAUUGCCACACAAUAUCAUCAUGCUGGAUAUUAAAGCAUACAUUCCUGCAUUACAGAAUGCCUUUAAACUAGGCCUUAGCUACACCCCAAUGGCUAACGUGGCAUUGGAUGCACUGGAGGAUUGGUCAACCUAUAUUGACAGACAUGCAAUGCAACCAUACUAUAAGGAUAUCUUGCCUUGCCUUGAUGGUUAUUUGAAAACAUCUAAAUCCACAGAUGAUUUUCAGAAUACUUGGGAGGUGAAGAAGCUUUCCCGGGCAAUCCAGAAGGGCUUAAACAAAGUGGUGAUACAACGUGUGAAGAAAGCAAGGAGCCUUGCAUCGGAGGAGGAUCUUUCAUUGGAAGCAGUGAGAGCUAGAGCUGUCUGCCUACUUGGAUCUCUAGGAGGACAAAUCAAUCGGAAUUUGGUUACAGCUGCUUCUGCAGAGGAAACGAUGAAGAAGUUUGUGUCCUGGGACACAGAGAAGCACCUGAGUUUUGCAGUUCCAUUUGCGGAUAUGAAGCCUGUUAUCUACUUGGAUGUAUUUUUGCCUCGUGUUGCUGAAUUGGCUCUUUAUGCUAGUGAUAGGCAGACUAAGGUUGCAGCUUGUGAGCUCCUGCACAGUAUAGUUGUGUACAUGCUGGGAAAGGCUUCACAGAUUCCUGAAGGACAACAGAGUUGCCCACCCAUGUCUCGCCUGUAUAAGCAUACAUUUCCUGUGCUGCUUCGACUUGCAUGUGAUGUGGACCAGGUUACAAGGCAACUCUACGGAACGCUAGUCAUGGAAUUAAUUCACUGGUUCACAAACAACAAAAAGUUUGAAAGCCAAGAUACAGUGACAUUAUUAGAAGCAAUUUUGAAUGGAAUCGUGGAUCCUGUGGAUAGCACUUUGAGAGACUUUUGUGGUCAGUGUGUCCGUGAGUUUUUGAAGUGGUCCAUUAAGCAGACAACACCACAGCAGCAGGAGAAAAGUCCAGUGAAUACAAAAUCUCUCUUCAAGAGACUGUACAGCCUUGCUCUCCAUCCUAGUGCUUUCAAGCGAUUAGGAGCUGCACUUGCAUUUAACAACAUCUACAGAGAAUUUAGGGAAGAGAAUGCUCUUGUGGACCAGUUUGUUUUUGAAGCACUGGUUGUGUACCUAGAAAGCCUGGCCUUGACACACGGAGAUGAAAAGUCUCUAGGUACUACCCAACAGUGUUGUGAUGCUAUUGAUCACCUGAAGCGUAUAAUUAAGCGUAAAGCAUCUGUCCUGAACAAAGAAAGCAAUCGGAGGUUACCUCGAGGAUUUCCACCUGCACCAAUAUGUUUAGCAGAUGUUGUCCUGUGGCUUUUACUGCAAUGUGGACGACCCCAAACUGAAUGCCGGCAUAAAGUCAUGGAACUUUUCUUUGAAUUUGUUCCUUUGUUACCAGGAAACAACUCUCCAUCUUCCUGGUUGAAUGACAUUCUUCAGAAACGAGGAAUCUCUUUUCUCAUUAAAAACAUUGAAGGAGGUGGUUGUGAAGGGGAAAAUGUGUCUGGAAUCUUGUCUCAUCCAACUCUUUAUGACCUGGAAGAGAUCUUCAGUUUGCGAGCUGUUGUGCAAUGGAUGGAUAUGCUUCUGGCUGCUCUAGACUGUUACAAUACUUUUAUUGAGCAGAGAAUGAUCAGACCAGAUGAAGUACUAGGUACAGAUGCAAGUUCCUCCUUCUUGACAUCGCUCGAGUUCUUCCUUGGAAAAAUUGCUUUGCAUGAUGUGUCUGGUGCAGAACAGUGUUUUAGCACUGGGCCCAAGGGCAACAUAUUUAGUCCACAAGAAAGAGAAGAAUACAACUACAGCAAGUGUACAAUUGUAGUUCGAAUUAUGGUUUUUGCCAGCAUGAUUUUGGAGACCCGUCAGCAGGAUUUCUGGAAGCUGCUUGAGAAAAAGUUGCUUAAUGACAAUCUCAUAGAUCUUGUCGUGAAAACAGUCUGUGACCCGCAAAGUGUAGGCUUCAACAUUGCUGAUGUACAAGUUAUGGAAAAUCUACCAAAUGUUUGUGUGAGGCUUAUAAAAGCUUUGAUGAAAUCUCCUUAUAAAGAAUCUUUAGAGAGCGGUAUAAAGAAAAUAGUAACAUCCAAAAGCAUUGAGGAACUUUGCAGUGUUGAGCUCUAUAAUCCGGAUGCCCGCUUAGAUCAUGUCAAACUUGGCUCCAUUUUGUCUGCUUGCAAGCAGCUUCACAAGGCUGAUUUGCUUCAUUGUACCUUACAGUCUCAGGGUACAGAUCUACAUUGUGAGAUAGGCUCUAAGCUCAUGUUAGUUGUGUACAGAGGUAUUGCUCCAGCUGAUGAAAGGAAGUCUCUUCCCUCACUAGAUGUUGCCAGUAAACGAUUAGCUGACGGGCUACUGCAGCUGGCUUUUGCCUUUGGUGUCCAGUGCACAGAGCUUGUGAGUCUCUUGCUGAACACACUGAUGUUAUCUGUACCAUUAUCUGGAGCAUCCCAAAGAAACCUUAUCAGCUUUUCUCAUGGAGAGUAUUUCUACAGCUUGUUUUUAGAAACUAUAAACAGAGAGUUGCUGAAACACCUGGAUACAGCAGUUCUUCAGCUCAUGAAAUCAGCUGUGGCCAGCCCCAAAAUGGUUGGUACUAUUUUAAAUGGUAUGUUGGAUCAAAGCUUUAGAGAGCGUGCUGUUCGCAAGCAACAAGGAGCAAAAUUAGUGGCUGCCAUAUUAAAGAACUGGGAACAUCUUAACCACUGGUGGACCAAAGAUUCUGCUCCUGAGAGUAAAAUGGCUAUCUUGACUCUACUUGCUAAAGUUCUUCAGAUUGACUCUUCUGUGUCAUUUAACACAAAUCAUGAGGCAUUUUCUGUUGUUUUCAAUACAUACACAAAUCUCCUUAUGGACCAGAAGCUGGGUCUAAAUCUCAAAAGUCAAGCAGUUAUCAUUCUUCCAUUUUUCACUAACCUUGCUGGAGAAAGACUGGAUGGCCUUAAAAAUGCACUUGAGAAGCUUGUAGCAUUUAAUUUCCCUUUGAGAUCUGAUGAGUUUCCCAAAGGAACCCUAAGGUACAAUAACUACGUGGAUUGCACUAAAAAGUUUCUAGAUGCACUAGAACUAUCCCAGAGUUCUAUGUUACUGCAGUUGAUGACAGAAAUUCUUUGCAGAGACCCCAAGCACAUAAUGGAGGAAUUAUUUGAGAUCAGCUUCAAAAGAAUUGCCAGAAGGAGUAGCUGUCACAAACAGUUGUUGCUACUAGACUGUGUGCAUAAAAUGUUCCAAAGCGAACACCUUCUUUCAAAUGAAACUCGUCAAGCCUAUGUAGACCGCUGUCUUCUCACAUUACUGCUUCACUGCAGCCUGGAUGCACUGAAAGAAUUUUUAACUAAGAUUAUUAUAGAAGCUAUGGAUACACUGAAGUCAAGGUUUACAAAGUCAAAUGAAAAUGCUUUCGAAAUGCAGGUCAUCAAGAAAAUGAGCUACUUCAAGAUUUUGGAAGUGAUGUAUUUACGUCUUUCCAAGGAAGAUAUAUACUCCAAAGAUUCUAAAAUUAACCAGGCUUUUCAGGGUUCGACCCGUGUAGAAGGAAAUGAACUUACAAAAACCUUAAUAAAGUCCUGCUAUGAUGCCUUUACAGAAAACAUGUCAGGUGAAACUCAGUUGUUGGAAAAGAGAAGACAGUAUCAUUGUGCUGGAUAUAAUUGUGCUAUUGCUGUCAUUAGCUGUGUCUUCAAUGAAAGUAAAUUCUAUCAAGGCUUUCUUUUCUCAGAAAAACCUGAAAAGAAUCUUUUAAUUUUAGAAAACUUGUUGGAUUUGCAACGCUGUUACACAUUUCCCAUUGAGAUUGAGGUUCCUCUGGAAAGAAAGAAACAGUACAUUGCCAUUAGGAGAGAAGCCAGGGAAGCAAUGAGUGGGGAUACUGCUGAACCAUACUAUUUAGCCUCUGCGUCAUAUAUGGUGGAUAGCAGUUUGAGUGAGGAAAUGAGCCAAUUUGAUUUCUCAACUGGAGUACAGAGUUUUUCAUAUAAUUCACAAGAUAUUAGUACUUCUGGAUCUCGCUUCAGGAGAAAGGAUCCCACAGAAUCUGUGGUUCCAGAUGCUGUUAUGGAAUUAGAAAUGGAUGAACUGAAUCAGCAUGAAUGUAUGGCGUCUAUGACCACCUUGAUCAAACAUAUGCACAGAAAUAAUAUCACACCCAAAGUAGAAGGUGCAGAUACACCAGAUCUUCCUCCAUGGAUGAAGUUUCUGCACAACAAACUGGGAAAUCCCUCUGUACCAGUAAAUAUUCGCCUGUUUGUGGCUAAGCUCAUUGUGAAUACAGAAGAAGUAUUCCAGCCAUAUGCAAAGCAUUGGCUCGGCCCCUUACUACAGCUGGUUGUUUCUGGAGAUAAUGGGGGAGAAGGGAUACAUUACAUGGUGGUAGAGAUAGUGGUCACCCUGCUUUCCUGGACUAGUGUUGCUACUCCCAAGGGAAAUGUCAAGGAAGAAGUCCUAGCUAACAGGUUGCUGGAAUUCUUGAUGAAGAAUGCAUUUCACCCGAAAAGAGCAGUGUUCAGACAUAACCUAGAAAUUAUUAAGACAGUAGUAGAAUGCUGGAAAGACUGUCUUGGUAUACCUUACAGGAUAAUAUUUGAACGAUUUUCUGGUGGUGAUCCCGACACAAAAGACAACUCAGUGGGAAUUCAGUUGCUAGGAAUUGUGCUUGCUAAUAACUUACCACCCUAUGAUCCAAAGUGUGAAAUAGACAGUUUGAGGUAAGAAAAAUAACUUUCUGAAAUAGAUGUUUCUCAAAAUAUGUUCCUUUGUGAGUUACUUUGUUUGAUGUCCUCCGUAUUUUUUGACUUCAGGAUAAUAUUUGAACGAUUUUCUGGUGGUGAUCCCGACACAAAAGACAACUCAGUGGGAAUUCAGUUGCUAGGAAUUGUGCUUGCUAAUAACUUACCACCCUAUGAUCCAAAGUGUGAAAUAGACAGUUUGAGAUUCAUACAGCUUACCACCAGCCAGCAGCUAAAUAUCCCAGAACAGCCGAUCAAUACUCCUUUGCUCAGGUUGCAUUUGCAGCUCUGGCAGACUGUUACUUUCCUGCCUGUCAGGAGGACAUUUGAAGGUCCUAUAUUUGAUUUGGUUAUAAAGCAGCUAAGACAACAUCAGAAUACCAGAGAUGACAAGUUUAUUGUUUGCCUGAAUAAAGUAUCAAAGAACUUCCCACCUCUCGCUGAUAGGUUCAUGAAUACAGUCUUCUUCCUGAUACCAAAACUUCAUGGGGUGAUGAAAACUUACUGCCUGGAAGUAGUAAUGUGCCGUGCCCAAGAAAUUGAUAAUCUGUAUUUACAGUUGAAGAGUAAGGAAUUCUCGCAGGUCAUGAGCCACCGAGACGAUGAAAGACAAACUGUGUGUUUGGAAAUAGUGUACAAGAUGUUACCCAAGCUGAAACCAAAUGAAGUAAAAGAGCUUCUUCCUGCAAUAACAAGCUUCAUCUCUCACCCUUCAGUGUUAUGUCGAGAACGAAUGUAUGAUAUUCUUAUGUGGUUAUAUGACAACUACAGGGAUUCUGAAAGCCAGGCAGAUGAAAUGUCUUCUGAUGUGUUUAAAGGAGCAAAAGAAUGUCUCCUUCAAGGACUAAUUGAUGAAAAUUCUGGACUACAAUUAAUUGUUAGGAAUUUUUGGGGUGAUGAAACCAGGCUACCACCAAAUACCCUGGAUCGUAUGUUGGCUUUACUGAAUUAUUUGUAUUCUGUCAAAAUAGAAACUCAAUAUUUGAGUUUAGCUACAAAUUUUCUUCUUGAAAUGACCAGCAAGAGCCCAGAUUAUUCAAGAAAAAUGUUUGAAUAUCCACUUUCGGAAUGCAAAUUUCAGGAUUUUGCUAUUGAUUCAAAUUGGCGGAUUCGGAGUACAGUUCUUACCCCUAUGUUUGUGGAGACCCAGGUUUCACAGAGUUCCAGCAGGUAUCCCUCACAGGAAGGAACAAUGGGUGGCCAUGUAAGGGCUACCCAACAACAAUAUGAAUUUACUCCCACCCAAAAUGUUGGUGGGAAAAGCUCUUUUAACUGGCUAAUAGGAAGCAGCAUUGACACUUUUGCAGAGUACACAGCUUCUUCAUCUUCCGAAUCUCUGUCUUCAUCCAUGCUGCUCAUUAAUAAGCGGGCUGACAAAUCACACAGAGCUGUUCUCAAACCAUUAGGUCCCGGUUUUGGGGGGAAAAGGCUGGGUUUGCCAGGGGACGAGGUGGACAGCAAGGCUAAAGUUAUAGACAUACGGGCUGACAUUCUGAGGCUGCGAAGGCGUUUCUUAAAGGAUCAAGAAAAGCUUAGUUUGAUUUAUGCAAAGAAGGGUGUUGCUGAACAGAAACAAGAAAAGGAAAUGAAAACUCAAAUGAAGAUGAAGCAUGAUGCUCAGGUCACUUUGUACAGGAAAUAUAGGCAAGGUGAUCUCCCCGAUAUCCAGAUUGAAUACAGCAGUCUCAUCACUCCUUUGCAAGGUGUGGCACAGAGAGACCCUAUACUAGCUAAACAGCUCUUUAAUAGUUUAUUUAGUGGAAUUCUGGAAGAAAUGAAAAAAAUUAAAUCUCAGGCUGAGAAGAACAGUAUCAUCCAGCAGCUGGUGCAGAACUUCAACCAUUUUUUGACUACAUCUGUGUUGUAUUUCCCUCCGUUCAUAGCCUGCAUCCAGGAAAUGAGCUACCAGCACAAAGAGCUUUUGGACCUCAGCUCUUCUACUGUGAGUGCUAGCUGCUUAGCAAGUUUACAGCAACCAGUGGGUAUCUUGCUGCUUGAACAAGCUUUAGUUCACAUUUCCCCUGAGGAAGGGAAGGAGCCACCCUCCAAACGAAUGCGUGGGAAGAUACCACUAUCACCCGAUGUGACCAGAUGGAUUGAACUUGCCAAGCUUUAUCGAUCCAUUGGAGAGUAUGAUGUUCUGCAGGGAAUUUUCAGUGGAAAGAUUGGUACUAAGGAAAUUACUCAGAAGGCUUUAAUAGCUGAAGCAAAAAGUGAUUAUGCUGAAGCUGCUAAGCAUUAUGAUGAGGCACUCUCCACUCAAGACUGGCCAGAGGGAGAACCCACAGAAGCAGAAAAGGAUUUUUGGGAACUUGCUUCUCUUGAAUGCUACAACUGCCUAACGGAAUGGAAGUCUCUAGAAUACUGUUCAACUGUUAACAUUGAUAAUGAACAACCCCCAGAUCUAAAUAAAACAUGGAGUGAUCCAUUUUAUCAGGAAACCUAUCUGCCAUAUAUUAUUCGCAGUAAGCUGAAACUUCUUCUUCAUGGAGAAAGUGACCAGUCUUUACUGACAUUUAUUGAUGAGGCUAUGAAAACAGAACAGAAGAAAGCCCUUAUAGAGAUGUACUACAGUCAAGAUUUGAGUCUUCUUUACAUUUUGCAGGAUGAUUUUGACAGAGCCAAGUACUAUGUUAACAACGCUAUGCAGGUGUUCAUGCAGAACUAUUCAAAUAUUGAUUCGCUGUUGCAUCAGAGUCGGCUUACCAAGCUGCAGUCUGUUCAGGCUUUGACAGAAAUACAGGACUUCAUUAACUUUAUCAGCAAACCAAGUAAUAUAGCUUCUCAAGCUUCCCUUAAGAGACUUUUCAGUAUUUGGACAAGCAGAUAUCCUGAUACCAGAAUGGAUCCAAUGAACAUUUGGGAUGAUAUUAUCACAAACAGAUGUUUCUUUCUCAACAAAAUUCAAGAAAGACUCCCUAAUACUCAUCUGGAUGACAGUAUGGAUGUGGAUGGUGAUGGAGAUGCUAGUUCCAAAAUGGAAGUAGGAGACGAGAAGCAAAACACACACUUCAUGAUUACAAAUUGCAAAUUUAACAUGAAAAUGAAGAUGAUUGAGAGUGCCAGGAAACAGAACAGCUUCUCAGUAGCCAUGAAACUUCUUAAGGACCUGCACAGAGAUUCUAAGACAAGAGAGGACUGGCUAGUGAGAUGGAACCACAGCUAUUGCCGCUAUAGCCACAGUCGGAGCCGGAGCCAGAGCAACCCUGAACAGAUCCUUACAGUACUCAAAACAGUAUCCCUGCUAGAAUCUGACACUGUAAACAAUGAUGCACUAGCCAUCCGCAACCAAAGUCUGCUUCUGGGUACCACUUUCCAUAUUAUGGCCAAGGCCCUUUCGAAGGAUCCAGGAUCUCUUGACCAAAUUGAUAAAGAAAAGUCUAUCAAAGUCCUAGCACUUUCAUGUGAAAGGCCUGACAAUAUUGAAAAGGUUAUAGCAGGCUUAAACAAAAGAGCUUUCCAGUGUUUCAUUAAAGCUGCAAAGAAUGCUGAAGAAGAACUACAGUCCAUAUCAUCUGACCACAUAGAUAUAAAUGGUGUCAUAACUGCUUAUAUGACAUUAGCCAAUUUCUGUGAUAGUCAUCUCCGUAAAGAGGAAGAAAGUUCAGCAGAUAUAGAUGCUGUGGAUUUGCAGAUAUUCCCAGGCAUUGUAGUGGAGAAAGUAAUAAAAGCUUUAAAAAUGAAUUCAGAAGAAGCUAGGUUAAAAUUUCCCAGACUAUUGCAAAUAGUAGAGAAGUAUCCAAGAGAGACUUCCGGGCUCAUGGUGCAAGAGAUGUCCACUGUUCCCUGUUGGCAGUUUAUUGGCUGGAUUAGCCAGUUGAUGGCAGUGCUUGACAAAGAGGAAGCACGUGCUGUGCAACCUACAGUGGAAGAGAUUGCCAACAAUUACCCACAGGCAAUAGUGUAUCCCUUCAUGAUCAGCAGCGAAAGUUUUUCGUUCCCUGAAACAGUCAUUGGUCAUAAGAACAAGGAAUUUGUAGAAAGGGUGAAAAACAAAUUAGAUAAAGGACGAGUGAUACAAGAGUUUGUCCAUGCCUUGGAGCAGCUCUCCAAUCCUGUGAUGCUUUUCAAGGAUUGGACUGAAGAUAUUAGAAAUGAACUUGGCAAAACAAAAAGAAAUAAAAACAAGAUUCAGCAAUUGUAUGAUGGAAUAUACCAGAAUUUAGGAAAUCUACAAGCUCCAGGUCUUGGCUUGUUCAGAAAGCGAUUUGUUCAGAAAUUUGGGAUGGAAUUUGAGAAUCAUUUUGGAAAAGGAGGUACCAAGCUGCUAAAUAUGAAAACAGCCGAUUUCAAUACUAUUGUGGAGCCUCUCCUCUCAAAAAUGAGGGACUGUCAGAAAGAACCGGGGAAUCUGAAGGAGUGUUCCUCUUGGAUGAGUGAGUUCAAGCCAGAAUUCUUAAGGACUGAACUGGAAAUACCUGGUCAGUAUGAUGGUAAAGGAAAGCCAUUGCCAGAAUACCAUGCCAAAAUUUCUGGAUUUGAUGAGCGGAUAAAAGUAAUGGCAUCCAUCCGGAAACCAACACGUAUAAUAAUCAGAGGGAGUGAUGAACGGGAAUAUCCUUUCCUUGUGAAAGGAGGAGAAGACCUCCGGCAAGACCAGCGGAUCGAACAGCUUUUCGAUGUUAUGAAUACUGUCCUUUCACGAAAUGCUGUUUGUAGCCAAAGAAACAUGCAGUUAAAAACUUACCAAGUUAUACCAAUGACCACCAGAAUAGGAUUAAUCGAGUGGCUUGAGAAUACCUGCACUUUGAAGGAAUUCCUUUUGAAUAGCAUGUCUGAGAAGGAAAAAAAUGAUUAUAACAGCUCCACAGGUCCUCGUGCUGAUUACAGUGACUGGCUUUCCAGAAUGGGGGGAAGAAAUGAAGUUGUUGCACGUUACAUGCCAAUGUACAAAAGAGCCAGUCGUUCAGAAACAGUGAUAUCUUUUCAGCGCCGAGAGAAACGUGUUCCUGAAGACCUCCUUAGGAGAGCCUUUAUUAAGAUGAGUACAACUCCAGAGGCUUUGCUGUCUCUGCGAUCCCAUUUUGCCAGCUCUCAUGCAUUGAUGUGCAUUAGCCACUGGAUUCUUGGUAUUGGAGACAGGCAUUUAUCCAAUUUUAUGAUCAGCAUGGAGACAGGUGGCAUGGUGGGAAUAGACUUUGGACAUGCAUUUGGUUCAGCUACACAGUUUCUGCCAGUGCCAGAGUUGAUGCCUUUCCGUUUGACCCGUCAGUUCAUUAAUUUGAUGUUGCCCAUGAAGGAGUCAGGUCUUAUUUACAAUGUGAUGGUGCAUUCCUUAAGAGCCUACCGUGUGGAUCAAGAUGUUCUUAUUAAUACCAUGGACGUAUUUGUGAAGGAGCCUUCAUUGGAUUGGAAAAAUUUUGAGCUGAAACAGUUGAAAAAAGGAGGCACAUGGACAAGCGAAGUAAACACAGAUGAGGUGAACUGGUAUCCCCGACAAAAAGUACAUUUUGCCAGGAGGAAGUUAGCAGGUGCUAAUCCUGCUGUGAUCACUAGCGAUGAAUUAAAGUUGGGACAUGAGAAAUCAGGUGUAUGCAAAGAUUAUAUAUCCGUGGCAAGAGGAAGCAAAGAGCACAACAUUCGAGCCAGAGAACCAGAGGAAGAUCUUUCAGAAGAAACGCAAGUGAAGUGCCUGAUAGACCAAGCCACUGACCCAAAUAUACUUGGCAGAGUUUGGGAAGGAUGGGAGCCUUGGAUGUGAAAUUGAAACACGGAAUCAAGUUGAAGGAGACAUGAAGACUAUCUGGCCUCUGGUCUUAUAAGAGUGUUGUUGAUCCCGUCAUGACAUCUGGACAUCAUAAAGCACGCGUGCACACACACAGAAAACAGCUGCUUCUCAAGAGAUACACAUUCAUCUUUGUCUGUACUGAGCUUUUGUUUCAUCUUAUAUUAGCAAAACAAAAAAAGCCAUCUUUCUGUGGUGUGGAAGCCAUGAAAAAACUCAGAUGAACACAAUAUUUUC